AUGAAAAAUAAUCAAAACCGAUACGGUGUUUCACGUUUUUCUGUUUAUCGCCGGAGGAAAAAAUUGUAUGACUUACAUUUAAAAACAUUUCCAAAUGAUAUUUUUUUUUCUUCCUUACCAGCAGACAUUAUUGAACCUCCUAUCAUCUCCAACCCUGAAUCACAUCUUAUUCACAACAAUGAAGACAUUACCCACUACAUUACAACACAGAUAAAAAAAUCUUAUUUUUCCAACACUUACAAUGAGUCUAUUUUAAUGAGCGAACCAGACCAAGUUGAUAACUUUAAUGUCACCAAUGCAAUGGACCAUGAAGAAUCCAUCAAUGAAUGUGUUGAUAGUCAACGUAUAACUGAUGAAGUUUUAACGAAUCAUUGUGAGACAAAUUCUAAUAAUACUACUUUCAUGGAUAGUCAAUUAAAUAGUUUAAUGUAUCCUGUUAUACCAAAGUCAACGAUUACUGCUAAAGAUCACCUCUUAGCAGUAAUGAGUUUAGCUUCAAAAUUUAAGUUCACUUAUGAAGCAACAUUGUCAAUUUUACGAUGGAUUAAUUGUGCGAGUGUUGGACAAAUACUACCAACAAAUAAACCUGCAUUAGAAAAAGUGUUACUUCAGGAUAACAGUAUAUUCACCAAACAUUUUUAUUGUGAAAUUUGUAAUAUUUAUUUGGGAAAAGAUGAAGUAAUUGAUGAAUGCUAUUCAGAAUUAUGUAAAAAAGAAAAAUCAGUGAAGUUUUUUCUCCAGAUAAGUUUGAAAUCACAAAGUCAACAAUUAAUGGCACUUCCACAGAUCGCAUCAAGUUUGAAAUACCGAUUUUCACGAAGCAAAAAAAAUCAUGAAAAUAUUGAAGAUAUUUAUGACAGUCCUAGUUAUCUUAAACACUGUGAACCAGGUGGAUUUUUAUAUAAUUCUUGGAAUUGUACUUUAACAUUUAACACUGAUGGUGCAAGCUGUUCUAAUUCAUCUAAUACUAGCGUUUAUCCAGAUUUUUUUACAAAUAAACGAACUCCCUCCUCAUUUACGGAUUAA